AUGAAGGCGUCAUCUACACCGUCUUCGUCACCUACGUCGGCAGGGCCAUCAAUGCAAUUUGAUGGUAAAGCACAACGAUACAAUGCAUCCUCUCGUUCUCGAUUCACAAGCAUGCUAUUGCGAGAGCAUACUUAUGUCGCAUUUCUCACACUCACAUCCAUGUACUAUCGCGUCAUGGGUACCAUUUCUCCAAGUGGUAUACUAAAUCAAGAGCUUGAGCUGUGCUCACAAGUCAAUUGGUACCUGCAAGGAAAAUUCUUUGUUGGCGCAUUCCCACCACUUGCAGGAAUGAUGUAUACGUAUUUGGCACACCAUCUUGGAUACAAGGGUGAUCAAACCGUGUAUUAUUCUGGCCAAAUUUUGGAUGCGUUUCCUAUUGAGGAUCUUCGUGUAUUUUCAGCUAUGCUAGGAUCGCUUUUGGUCCCAGCUACGUAUCUUAUUGUGCGUGCAUUAGGCCAUGGAAGCUUAGCUGCUAGCAUGGCAGCUGGAUUGGUUAUCUUUGAGAAUGGUCUUGUAACGCAAUCAAGGUACAUCUCAACCGAAGGUCCACUUUGUCUUUUCACAGGCUUGACUAUCCUCGCAUGGGUGGUGCAAAUGAAAAAACAAGAAAGAGAGCCCUUUGCCAUCCCAUGGACUUCAUUGUUGGCCACAGGUGUGGGUAUCGGUACCUGUAUCAGCACCAAAUGGCAAGGCGUGUUUACAUUUAUCAUCACGUGGAUAUCAUCGUUCAUGUACCUCUGGAGAAUACUGGCACGCUUUUUGGCUACUGCAGCUCUUCCAAUGAUGAUUUAUUAUGCCAUUUUCCAUGUCCAUAUGGGUUUAAUCCCUAAAGCAGGUGAUCAUGAUCUUGCUGUAAGCAGCCCAUUGCGUUAUUCGCUUGAAGGCAACCACCAUGAACCCGUUCAAAAAGAUAUUGCUUAUGGCUCUAGCAUUGUUUUGAGACACCUUGGUAGCAAUGGUGGAUAUCUUCAUUCACAUCUCAGGCGAUACAAAGAGGGAAGCACACAGCAAGAAGUAACCAUGUAUCCUCAUUUUGAUCUCAACAAUAUUUGGAUUAUCCACCGAGCUGGCAAGCGAUGGAAUGAUACCCAGCCACUUGAAUACGUACGCAACAAUGAUCAAGUCAUGCUUGAGCACUAUGCAACCUCUCGCAAACUGCAUUCACAUGAUCAUCGCCCUCCAGUGACCAACAAGAAAGAACAAUCGGAAGUAACUGCAUAUGGUGAUCCUUAUAUUACCGAUCCGCAUGAUUAUUGGUGGGCGCAAAUUAUCUUUGAUGAUGACAUCCACCGAGGCAAGGACAAGACACCUAUUCAAGCUAUCAACACACGUUUUCGCCUUUUGCAUGUACGAGGAUGUCAUUUGAUGAGUCACAAACAAAAAAGGAAGUCAGCACAUUUGUCAUUGAAAGUGCAUACCAUGAACAAUGCAAUGGAAGACAAAGAAUCCAUCAGCUAUCCCAAAAUGACAACUAUGGAAAAGAUCAUGGAAGUUCACUCGCUCAUGUUGUCUUAUCCUUCAACAAUUCAAGACCAAUUGGCAUCCAAGAAGCCUGCUGACCCAUUGUAUCAGCACUUUCAACACCAACUCCAAAAACCUAGGCUUGGUAUAUGGUUCACUGGUAAACUUGGUGCUCGUCUUUGGGAUCAAGUUUCCGGGAAAGCUGUUUACAUUACGCUUAAUCCCUUGGGACGCAUGUUGACCCUAUUUUCCAUUCUUGGAUGUGCUAUCUUUUGGGUCGUUGACACAUUGCUCAAGAAACGACAAGUCAAUUGGUUGCAAGUCAAGUUAUGGGCUAACACAGGAGCUGCAUGGGCAGGCUAUGAUCCAAUUGCUACCCGUGAGUUGUUCCAUCAAUCCAUUGGGUUUUUAUCCAUGGCAACGGUUUUGCAAGUGUUUACGUUACGAUUUAUGCCGACGUUUUCCAUGCAUCCUGGUGACAUCCUUCCCAACACCUUGCUCAGUGCAGGCUUUGUAUCGAUUGUGAUUGAAGCUGUUACUAUGCGAUGGGCAAGACGAUAUCGUGUACUCUUGUUCAUGCUCUUGGUUGGUUUAGCAGCACAUCAAUUUUAUCGACUGAGCCCUGUCACAUAUGGUGAUCGAGCCCUGACAGUACAACAAUGUCAACGGUUGCCACGCAGCGCUGGCAUUGAUUGCCAACGCUUCCUCAAGUCCAAUAAAGGUGAAACGGCAUCAUUGCAAAUUGACAUGCCUGGGAAGACUGAGACCUUCAAAUACACGGUGGGAUCCGAAAAAGAUGCUGAUGCAAGUAUUGCGUCUAUGCGUCGUGCUAGUUACAGUGAAGCCUUGCAUGGUGCUACCGGUGCUGAGCGUUACCAUGCCAUCGUUAGCACACCAGGCCCUUCACACCAGGAUGUUAAAGAAUGGCAAAUCUCAAUUCAACACGCAGCUGAAGAACGUAUAAGAAUACAAGCCGAGAAAGCAAAACAAGAAGAAGAAGAGAAGAAGAAGGAAGAAGAAGAAAUGGAGGAUGAUGAUGAAGAAGAACAACCUGCUGAGGAGGAAGAUUAG